GCAAACGAGGACAGGUUCACCAGCAUUACUCGCUGAACCCAUAAAAAGGGAGAGACUUGAGAGUUGAAACCCCAACCCACCUUCUCUUUCAUUCUGCCAAGUGCCAAUGAUGUUUAAUAAUGCCGUGUUCAGAGAGGGAAAGAGAGGGAUGGGCGUGAGAGAAACUUGAAUGAAAGCAUCGUCUGCUUUUUGCUUGAGUUCUUUGUUAGUUCUCCCUUAAUCAUCAUCAUUCUUCUUCUACUUCUUCUUCUUCUUCUGUCGGGAAACCCAAGGAAGGAUUCUUAUACUGUUUGUUUCGUUUUGUCUCUCUGCCAUUAAUUCCCUCUCUCUUUCCAUGAAACUGCAAGAUGACAAUGGGAGAUGAGUCUUUGACAAUAUCAACAACAGCAGUCCCCUUUGACAGAGCAGUUGAACAGGCAAUUGUAUUUAUAAAGAAAGGUGCAUACUUACUGAAGUGUGGACGCAGAGGGAAGCCGAAGCUCUGCCCAUUCAGACUUUCUCAGGAUGAGAAAAAUUUGAUUUGGUACUCCGGACAGCAGGAAAAACACUUGCGGUUGAGUUCAGUCACUAGAAUUAUUCAAGGGCAGGGAAAUAUAAAGUCCCAAAAGCUAAAUCAAAACGGGAAGGAGUGCCAUUCAUUUUCUCUAAUUUAUGCUAAUGGUGAACGCUCACUUGAUCUGAUAUGCAAGGACAAAGCACAGGCUACUUCUUGGUUUGUGGGCUUGAAAGCCGUAAUUUCUCAGUCUCAACACCAAAAACCUUUUAGUAGUUUAAGAAGCUGCAAAGGUAUACAGAGUUGUGUCAGUAGUCCAGCUGGAAUCUUACGAAGAAAGAAAAACCUUGGCCUUCUGGAGGAUGCUGCUGAAUUCACAAAGGUACACAGCGUUUGUGCAAGUCCUACUUUGUCACUUUCAGAGAGGUGCUUUUCUGAUGGCUUAUCUUAUAAUUGUGAUAGCUUCUAUUCAUCAGAGUCUUUCCCAUCCGAUACUCAAAGGGUAGGUGAUAAUUCAGUUCCAAAUUCUCCAUGCAUCGAUCCAGAUAUUCUUAGCAAGAGUAGGUCAACAUAUGUUGAUACAGAAUAUCAGAAGGAUUUGCCCUAUAGGUAUCUUGUGCCUGCCACCUCUCCACGUGUAGCAAAUAACAAUAUAUUGAAAGAUGUCAUGAUCUGGGGUGGGGGGAUUGUCAGAAUUGCAGGGAGUGGGAAUGACCAGCUUGUCGACCAGCAGGGAGCUCAUAUGCUGUUGCCAAAGUUACUAGAAUCCACUAUGAUGUUAGAUGUAGAAAACAUUGCAUUAGGAGAAAAACACGCUGUACUUGUUACAAAGCAAGGAGAAGUGUUAAGCUGGGGCGAGGGGAAAGGAGGAAGGCUGGGGCUCAAAGUUGAUAUAGAUAUAACCUCUCCCAAAAUUGUUGAUUCUCUUAAUGGGGUGCAUGUAAAGGAUGUUGCCUGUGGUGAGUACCAUGCGUGUGCUUUGACAGAUUCUGGCGAAGUAUAUGCAUGGGGGAAUAGUGGUUGUGUUGCAGAUCAGUUUGGUGAAGGGAGAUUCAAAACUCAAUGGAUACCACACAAACUCUCUGGUCCUUUAGAUGGUAUUAUUAUAGCACAUGUCACUUGUGGGGAAUGGCAUACAGCAAUUGUCUCAUCUUGCGGACGGCUAUUUACAUAUGGGGAUGGUACAUUUGGAGUUCUUGGGCAUGGGAAUUCUCUGAGCAUUCCUCAACCAAAAGAAGUUGAAUCUCUUAAGGGUCUAUGGGUGAGGUCUGUUGCUUGUGGAUCGUGGCACACAGCAGCAAUUGUUGAAGUCAUGGUUGACCGCUUUAGGUACAAUACUGGUAAGCUGUUCACUUGGGGUGAUGGAGAGAAAGGGAUGCUUGGCCAUGCUGAUAACGGGAGGAAGCUCUUGCCAACCUGUGUUUCACAACUGCUGGAUUAUGAUUUUGUUCAAGUAUCUUGUGGAAGAAUGUUGACUGUAGCACUUACUAAUAUGGGUAAAGUUUUCACAAUGGGAAGUGCAGUGCAUGGACAGCUAGGAAGUCCACGUGCCAAGGAUAAAUCAGUGACAAUUGUUGAAGGACUUCUUAAACAGGAGUUUGUGAAAGAGAUAUCAUCAGGUUCAUAUCACGUUGCUGUCUUGACAUCUUCCAGGAGUGUCUAUACAUGGGGAAAGGGUGCAAAUGGACAGCUAGGGUUAGGUGACACCGAGGACAGGUACUCACCAUCUUUUGUUGUGGCUCUAAGAGACUGGCAGGUAGAGAGUAUUGCUUGUGGACCAAGCAGCACAGCUGCUAUCUGUUUACACAAACCAAUUUCUAUUAGUGACCAGUCAGCUUGUAGUGGUUGUAAAUUGCCCUUUGGAUUUACAAGGAAGAAGCAUAAUUGCUAUAAUUGUGGCCUCCUAUUUUGUCAUCCAUGCAGUAGUAAAAAGGUUACUGAUGCAGCUCUGGCACCAAAUAAGAACAAGGCUUUUCGGGUUUGUGACCAAUGCUUCAAUAAGCAGCUUGGAAGUACACCUUCAGUUGCGGCUUCCAGGUCAAGAAAUUACAAUUCUCAAAAGGUGCUGAAGAAUCAGAACAAGUUUACUGAUUUUACAGAAGAUAGAGGAGAAACAGCAGUGACACAGGGUCCACUGUUGUCUCUUGGUCAAUCAUGCUACAAAAGAAGCAUGCCAGGUGGAAGAAAAGAGUGGAAAAACCAGCAAGAAAGCCAGCAGAAUUUAGAAAAUAUUUCUUCUCUAUCUGGUGGAAUGCCGAAAUGGGGGCAAGUUACAUGCCCUGCCCUGUUUAAAAAUUGUACAGAAAAUUCUGUUUCAUCAUUUAGAAAUAAAUUAGGUUCUCUUACUUCAGUGCAUUUAGAGUAUACUUUAUCCAACAAUUUGUAUGGAGAGAAAGAUGCCACAAAGUCUGAUAAUACAUUGAUAGAAGAAGUUCAGAGGCUAAGAGCUGAGGCUAGAAUCCUUGAAGAGCAAUGUGAGAUAGGAAACCGUAAGUUACAAGAAUGUCAUAAAAAGAUUGAGGAGACUUGGCUAUUGGCAAAGGAGGAGGCUGCAAAGAGCAAGGCAGCGAAAGAGGUCAUAAAAGCCUUGGUAUUAAGGCUUUUGCAGUUGCAAACAGUAUCAGAUAAAACCAUAGCCGAACAAGACGGAAAGCUGGGGAUACAGGAAUGUCUGUCAAAUUUAACACGCAUUCGUACGGAUAUCAAUUCUACAAAUGAUGGCAAUGUGGACAGUCUAUCAAAUUCCCCUAUCGUGUUCUCUGACUCGUUAAAAUCCAAACUUGCGAGAAGUUCAAUCCUUAAAGGUGAUAGAUCAAAGGAGGAUUCUCAGUUAACUAAAGCAGAAUCUCAUGAAGAUGGCUCUGAGGGCUCGAAGGUUGAAUGGGUAGAACAGUAUGAGCCUGGUGUCUACAUCACUUUAACUGCCUUGCCAUGUGGGCAGAAGGGCCUUAAGAGAGUUAGAUUCAGCCGGAAACAAUUUUCUGAGAAGGAAGCCGAGAGAUGGUGGGAGAAGAAUCAAGCCGCAGUGUAUCAGAAGUAUGGGAUUCAAGGAUGUAUAAAGACAAGCCAAAACUGGGAGAAGGGCUAAUGUUUACCUGGUUUCCAUCCCCAGCAGGAACUUGAUUCUGCAGCUUGAGUCUAGCUGAGAGGUUUACUGCAAGAAGGACAAAGUCUUCUUGUAUCCCAAAUAUCCUUUGUUCAUAUGAGUAUAUUCUUGGGCAUUGUCCCAUUCCAUGUACAGUCACCAAGAACAUUGUCUCUCUCUAAUCUACAUUAUAAAAGCUUGUUCCCUUUUGAAGUUAA